AUGAGGACUUAUAUGAAGGGUGGAGUCUGGAAGAACAGCGAGGACGAAGUCCUCAAGGCAGCUAUUAUGAAGUACGGCCUUAAAAGCUGGUCCAGAGUAUCCUCAUUGCUGGUUAAUAAAUCAGCAAAGCAGUGUAAAGCAAGAUGGUACGAAUGGCUAGAUCCAAAUGUAAAAAAGACCGAAUGGUCCAGGGAAGAGGAGGAAUUGUUACUUCAACUAGCAAAAAUGUUUCCUACGCAAUGGCGUACUAUCGCUAUAAGACUUGGUCGUACCGCGUACCAAUGUCAACAGCAUUACGAACGUCUACUUGACCAAGCCCAGGGUCGUGACGAGAAUGAUCAGUUUGAUCCUCGUAAGAUACGCCCAGGAGAGAUUGAUCCGUCACUAGAAUGUAAACCUGCGCGUGCAGACGCAGUUGAUAUGGAUGACGAUGAGAAGGAAAUGUUGGCAGAGGCCAGGGCUCGUUUAGCCAACACUCGUGGUAAAAAGGCUAAGCGUAAAGCACGUGAAAAGGCAUUGGAACAAACUAGACGUAUAGCUUGCUUACAGAAACGGCGAGAGCUAAAAUCCGCCGGUAUAGGAGUUGGUGCUUUGAAAUUACACAAGUCUAUUAUGGAUUAUGCUACCGAGGUUCCGUUUGAACAACAACCACCUAAAGGGUUUUAUCCUCCGGAUGAAGACAAGGGACCUGAUACAUCAAUUAAGAGCAUGCAACAACUGGAAGGACGCCGUCGCGAUGAAGAAAUGAAUAAGUUGCGUAAGGAUGAUAUAAGAAAACUCAAGAGACUCCAAAUUGAUGAGACACCCGCUGCAAUGGCAAUCUUUGAAAAGUAUGAGAAAUCUGCUGUCUUAAAAAAUCGUUUGGUAUUACCAGAACCAACAAUGACAGAUGAAGAAAUCACCCAAAUUGUAAAAAUGGGUGCUGAUGUACAAUUAUUGGAUAAUAUAGCACGCUCAACAAUUGCAAGGACACCAAUGACGAGCUCUAUAAUGGAAGAAGCUCGUAUGGCAGCAGCAACAAACCGUCUGCAAACGCCCUUGGAAGGUGAAAUGAAUGUACCGGAUUCUGGGUUCACUGUUCCACAAGUUCCUGCCGCAUUUCAAACCCCGAAUCCAAUUAGGAGAUUUAUGAAUCAGACGCCACUUUCCAUAUUUAAUGACCGAUCUAGUGCCGCUACUCCUCAUUAUAGUGAUGCAACAUCUUAUGGAGAGGUCAGCGACGACGAUCCUAUCGGUGAGAGGGCAAGGAUGGAUAUGGCAAAAUUGUAUGUAAAGGCUAGUAUUUCUAAUUUGCCAGAACCUGAAUCUACCGUUGAAAUUUCAAUUCCAGAAAUGACAGAAGUUCCGGAAAAUAUAGAGGGAGAGCGAGAAGUCGACAUGGAAGACCUGGAAAAUAAAAGAGAAUUAGAAGCCGCCAAAGAACGCGAAGAAGCGCUUCAACUCGAAUCAUCUGUUAUUAAAGAGGGACUUCCUCGUCCGUUGGUGUACAAUACAAUUGUUUUUGUGAAUGAUUUGAGUGGAACUUAUGCAGAUGAAGAUCAGGUGAAAGCAAAGGAGUUAAUCAACAAUGAGUUGGUUGCUCUAAUUGCAUCAGAUAGUGUUAGACAUCCUAUGCCUGGUGGAAAACCCUGUACUGAAUAUACUACUCUCGAGCCUUUGACUCUUGCUCUAAUCAAGGAAUCUGCUUCUCUUAUACAUGAGGAAACAGAGCUCAUCAAGGAAAAACAUGUUCAGGAAAUGGAUGAAGAAUUUCUAUCCAAAGCACCUAUUAAAUUCUCGGCAAUACAAAAGAGAUACAUACAUUCGGAGACAAUGUCACUUUCCGAGCAAACUACCGCCGACGAACUUUUGUGUAAGGAGUAUAGGAAACACUUGGAGAAUCUCUCAAAGCGCAAUAAGACUUUGGAGAACAAAUACACCGUUUCCACCGGUGGUUAUCGCAAUCGUGAACAGACGAUCCUCAAGGAGAUAGGCAAGUAUAUUCCCUCAAUCCACAUUUAUUUGCAGGGAACAUCCACGAAUCCAUUAUUCAGGGCAAGAACGAUUUUGAUUCGCUCAGUCAGAUGGAAGAACGGGAGAGAGCAUCUUCUAACGAACGUAUUUCUCGGUACUUGGCUAUCCUUCAGCGGGAGAAGACUCUUAAUGCUAAACUCCAGGUAUUGA